AUGAGAUCAAUGUCCAUGAACUCGACGAUUGCUGACCGUCGGUCAUUCAUUCAGCCGGGUCAGUCAAGCUCUGGAGAAAAUCCCCCACAAAAAGGUCCAGAAGUGGGCUUGAAAAGCUUAACUUCGAAUGACCCAAGUAUUUAUGAAAGAAGCCCGGAAAACAGAAAAGUCAACGGGAAUCAGACCCCAUAUCCUGUGGAUAACGCAUCUUCAGUCGAAAAAGUACACGAAACGCCUCGAGCGGCCCACACAAAUGCGGAUAUCUUGGAAAACUUGUUCCAACAGCAGAAAAGCCAUGCACCUUCUCUUGCAAGCACCACGAGCGCAGGAGUGAGCAAUUCGCGAAUUUCGCAACAGUGGGUUCACAAUUCCGUUAAACAGCAAGAUCCCCGCUCGCCACUCGUGGUGCUAAUCCCCACAUCGGCCAACCCCACGGAAGUGCUCGCUCAAAGGUUCACAGCAUGGAGAUCCGUAAUCCGCUCCAUCUUAGUGUAUAUGACUGAAACAGUCUCCAUUCAAGACGAAGUGGUUAGACAGCAAUUGCGACUAUCUCAUGCAGUGAAUUUUCCGUUUUUUUCCACGGAAAACCACUUGCAACUUAACACUCCCGAAGAGAAGGCCAUUCAAAGAUUUUUCCUGCCGUUUGGCAACGGUUCCGUUCAGGACCUGCCAAAUAUUUUGUCACAGUACCACUCUCAAAUGGCAAAUGCGGCUUUGAAGUCAUCUAAAGAACUGGCAAAUGAAGUUAUUCCCAGGCUAGAAGAUUUGAGGGGCGACCUGCUCAUAAAAAUUAAGGAAAUUAGAGGCUUGAGCUCGGACUUCAAGAAUGGUUGCAGCAAAGAACUGCAACAAACAAAGAAUGACCUUAAGCAAUUUCAAGAAGCUGUAGAUGCAGCCAGAUACGGGUCUCCAAAACACGACCCUCAUCUGCUCAAAAUCGCACUUGAUAGACAAAUCAGGAAACAGCUGAAUGAGGAAAACCUUCUUCAUGAAGCGUUUGAAAACCUUCAAGGGUCUGGAAGAGAACUCGAAAAAGUUGUGGUCAUGGAGAUUCAAAAUGCACUUACUGUUUACGCGCGUCUUAUGGGACAGAGUGCUCAACUUGCCUUUGAUGUUUUGAUAUCGAAACUCGACACAGGUUUCUUCAAUAAGGAAGCGGAUUUUGAAUGGGACAAUUUCGUCUCCAAAGAUCCCAAUUUCAUACAGCCCAACCUUCCUAUAAGGCAUAUGAGGGAUAUUGUUUACAAACAUCAGGAGGAUCCUUUAACCUAUGAAAUUAAAUCCGGAUUUCUAGAGAGACGCUCCAAAUUCUUGAAAUCGUACUCCAAAGGGUUUUAUGUGCUAACGCCAAGCUACCUGCACGAAUUCAAAACCCCAGAUAGGAAGAGAGAUACUAUACCGGUCAUGUCACUCCCGUUGAAUGACUGUACUGUUGCUGAGCAUUCUAAAAAGGGCUCCUCUGGUUAUAAGUUUAUUUUACAUGCCAAGCAAAAUGGCAUCAUUCAUCGAGGCCAUAACUGCGUAUUCAGAGCAGAAUCCUACGAGUCAAUGAUGGCAUGGUUUGAAGACCUCAAAAAGCUGACCUCGACUUCUAAUCCAGCAGAAAAAGCUAAAUUUGUCACCUCCAAAUUGGAAUUGAACUCUGAUCACAAAGUCUCGAGAAAAGCUUCAUCAAUGAAACCUAAUGGCAGAGCUUUGUCACGUCAACAUUUAUCCACACCACAGCAGCAGCAGGGGCAGGGCACUUUCCCAACACCCAACUUGGACAACCAAACAAAUACUAAUACCUCUGUUUCCAUUCCCGAGACCGAGUAUAAUUUACAUGAAGUUAACAUUGCUCAGCCAAGGAUGUCACAGGGCAGCAGAAAUCAUACUUUUGAUGGAGAUAUCUAUAUUGAAAAUGAACACGACCGUGCUACACGUCCCACAGAUGCCAAACAUUACUAA